CAGGCACCAUGGCCCAGGCGGUGGCGGAGGACCUGCUGCAGCCAUGUGAGCUGCAGGACGACUCCAGCUCCCUGGGCUCCGACUCUGAGCUGAGCGGGCCCGGGCCCUACCGCCAGGCUGACCGCUACGGCUUCAUUGGGGGCAGCUCGGCAGAGCCAGGGCCAGGCCAGCCCCCUGCAGACCUCAUCUGCCAGCGGGAGAUGAAGUGGGUGGAGAUGACGUCACACUGGGACAAAACCAUCUCUCGGCGUUACAAGAAGGUGAAGAUGCAGUGCCGGAAGGGUAUCCCCUCAGCCCUGAGGGCCCGCUGCUGGCCCCUGCUGUGCGGAGCCCGCGUGUGUCAGAUGAACAACCCCAAAACCUAUGAGGAGCUGGCCAAGGCCCCUGGCGACCCCCAGUGGAUGGAGACCAUCGGCAGAGACCUGCACCGCCAGUUCCCGCUACACGAGAUGUUUGUGUCACCCCAAGGUCACGGGCAGCAGGGGCUCCUGGAGGUGCUCAAGGCCUACACACUAUACCGGCCAGAGCAAGGCUACUGCCAGGCCCAGGGUCCCGUGGCCGCCGUGCUGCUCAUGCAUCUGCUUCCAGAGGAAGCCUUCUGGUGCCUGGUGCAGAUCUGUGAGGUCUACCUGCCGGGCUACUAUGGGCCUCACAUGGAGGCCGUGAGGCUGGAUGCCGAGGUGUUCACGGCCCUGCUACGGCGGCUGCUGCCGCGGGUACACAAGCACCUGCAGCAGGUGGGAGUGGGGCCACUGCUCUACCUGCCCGAGUGGUUCCUGUGCGUCUUCGCCCGCUCCCUGCCCUUCCCCAUCGUGCUGCGAGUCUGGGACGCCUUUCUCAGUGAGGGCGUGAAGGUGCUGUUCCGGGUGGGGCUGACGCUGGUGCGCCUGGCCCUGGGCACUUCGGAGCAGCGCCAGGCCUGCCCGGGGCUCCUGGAGACGCUGGGCGCCCUGCGAGCCGUCCCGCCCACGCAGCUGCAGGAGGAGGGCUUCAUGUCCCAGGUACACAGUGUGGCGCUCUCGGAGCAGGACCUGCAGCGGGAGAUCAGGACCCAGCUGGCCCAGCUGCCUGCCUCACCAUCCGGGCCGCCCCCUCGGCCACAGGCCCGCCUGCCCGGGGCCCAGGCCAUCUUUGAGGCCCAGCAGUUGGCAGGUGCCCAGGCAAGCACCAGAAGCACCAAGCCCCAGGUGCCCAGCAUCAUUGUGCAGCCCCCAGAGGAGCCCGCGCCUCCCAAGCCACAGCGCAAGCCACAGACCCGAGGCAAGACUUUCCAUGGGCUCCUGACACGGGCCCGGGGAGCCCCCAUCCAGGGCCCUCCCAGGUCCCAUCGGGGCUCCACUUCCUUCCUGGACACCCGUUUCUGAAGGUUCCCUUGAUGCUGCCCACUGCCGGGGCCUCGCCCAGGGCGGCCACGGUGCUUGGUGACUCAGCUUCUGACAAGGAAGGUCACAGAGUGGGGGGGCUCGGGCACGCAUCCCAGGAGCCGUCCUGAUGCCAUGGCAACCACAGACCCCCUGAGAGAGGAGCCCACAGAUGGCUGGACUGGGACCCCAAAGGGCUCCUGAGGGGCUGCCUAGAAUAAAAUCUGACUCAGCAGACAGCUGGGCGGGAUGCAUCAGUGUCCCCUCCCCCUGACCAUCAGCCAGGGGCCACCCCAGCUCCCUAGACACGCCCAGACCACCCAUUGGCUGCUGGGAAGGUGUUUACAGAAAAGAAGCCAAUGGGAGGCCACCUUGCCAACCUCUGGGGGGGGUGACAGGUAAGUGCCUGCACCUGUGGGUGGAGGGCCCCCAAGUGGAUCCUGGGCCCAGAAGUGAUGCUGGAGCCCCUGCUCAGGCCCCCAGGAUAAUUCAGCAUCCUCCCUCAGGAGGUGGGGGACAGCAGUCUAGCCCAAGUCCACCCCCACCCAUGGUCUUGCUGUCCCCAGAGAAGGACAAAGGCCCAGUGUGCCCAGACAAAGGAGAAAGGUCCCUCCUGCCCUACCCACCCCCACUGCCCUGCACCCCCGGCGGGCCGCCUCCAUGGGAACCCCUCCCACACCCGCUAAUUGCCCCCAUGGGUGCCUGGGUGCCCAGCCCAGCAGCCAUCACCAGGACAACUGCUGGUUCCCUCGUUGCCUCCCUGGGGCCCAACCCCAGGGCUGGGGUUGCGGGUGGGGUGGGGUGGGGGACAGGCAGUCGGGUGUACCGGGAAAGCUCUGGCGGCCCUCAGAAGUGGUGGGGUACUUAGGUAGCCCAUCCCAGGGAGUGCCAAGGACACAUGGCUGGCCCCGGCCUGAGAAUGUUCUAGAGGCUGGCCCCACGGUCGUGUAUGGUGCUGCUCCCCAUGCCAGCCAAGCCUGGAGGAGGGAAUCACAGAGUUCACACCCCACGCUGGGGGAAACUGAGGCUCGGAAGGAGCCAGAAGGUGGCCAGGGCCUCGCUGUACAUGGCUGGCCCCCCAUUUCCCCCAUCUCCUGCCACUGGGCACCCACGGUGGCUUGCUGUCUGGGAAGGUCCCUCUGGUACUGGGGUACCUGCCACUCUGGCUAUGGUGGUGUGGGGAGUGACCCAGGGACCUCAGAGCCUCAGGCAGGAAACCAUUUGCAU